AUGGCUGCGGUCGUCAUCAUGUCCUCCGCGGUGUUCUCGUCAUUGCGAGCGUACGCGCUGUGCCAACGCAAACGCACCUCCUUCCUCGUUCUCGCACUGGGGUCUGCGAACGCCGUUCCCUCGGUUUUUGGGGCGAUCAAGACUCGGGCCACACUCAACAACAUCGACGCCGCCUGCGACGUGGAUUACUCGCAAUUUCUGUCCUUCCGCAAUGCACUGCUCGCUAUGAACGUCGUCAACCUCGCUUUCAUCAACAACGUUAAGCUCUUGUUUAUUCUCGUCGGUGGGAUCGCCGCCACGACGGUGCUCUUGACCUGCCGCUUCAUCCUCGACUUAUUCGAAGCGAGCGCGCGCGGCGGCUCCGGCGCUAGCUCCACACUACGCCUCUCGGCCCUGCCUAGUUUGUGGCCGUCGCGCUCGCUCGCGGUCGACGCGGAUGCCAGCUGGCGUGGCAGGACAGAAGACGGCGAAAGUGUCUGCAGCAACCCGGACGACCGCCACGGCUUCGAGCUCCAGGUGAUCACUACUAGUCGGAGGGAACCAUGA